AUGUCUAUAAUGACGUUUAUUUCAACGAAAUAUGCACCCACGUUCAAGAAAGCUCUGGUCCUGGCUCUUAUAAUGAUUUUUCUAUGGCAUUUUCUUGUCCUUAAAAAUGAUUUACAUCAAAACAUUACAUUAAAUGGAGUACAUAUUUAUAAAAGAAAUUUUACCAACGAAAUAAAAUUUAACUGUGUGAAGACCAAAACAGAACCUAAUUUUACAAUUUGUGUGCACGAUCCCAAUGUUGAUGUGUUUAUAUCAGGUUCUAUCAUAAACCAAGGUGCAAAUAUUGGGUACUAUACGUUGUUAGCUGCGAAAAUGGGAUUUCUUGUGGUAGCUGUUGAACCAAUGACGGCAAUGGUAGAAAGAUUGUAUGCGUCGUUGGAAAUUGAAAAUCUGCUGGAUCGAGUUGUGAUUAUUCAGAAUGUGUUAUCUAACAUUAGGUCAACUGUCUAUAUGUCGACAACACCCAACAAUCAAGGUGAUUCCAGAGUUUACUUCAAUCUCUCAACAAACAUGAUGCAAUCUACUCAAGCGGCUAAAAGCGUGUACCUAGAUGAUAUUUCACAUAUUGUUAUUAACAUGUCAUUGUCAAAAAAUAAUUUGGACGUCAUUAUGAAAAUGGACGUGCAAGGAUUUGAACACAGAGCUUUCGCUUUUGCUGAUAAGUUUUUCGAUCAGAAUAAUGUUAAAAUUAUUUUUAUGGAAUGGUACGUUAUGGCCGUCAAACACCCAAACUAUAACAAGGAAAUUCUUGAAAAGUUUAUGCUACUUCCUGACGACUAUAUUUUAGUUGAAAAACUUGUCAAAUUUAUCUCUGAUAGAGGCUUCAAAGCGUAUAGUGCAGAGCAGAACACAAUAGGUAAUCUGUUGAACCAAUCAGAAUGGCAAACAUGGACCUACAAUGUUUUAUGGUGUCAUCAUUCUGUUGACCUUUCAAAAUUUCUGUAA